AUGCGGCGGCCGGAGCACCCGGGCUCAGGAUGUAGCCCUCCCCGGCUCCUCGUGCUGCUCUACACCUCUCUGUGGUGCGCGCUGGUCGGAGAUUGCCUUUUUGUGACCGAAUACUUCACCCGCACGCCUCGUAAGCUGAACGCUUUCAACUCCUUCGCCAGCGUGGAGCUGUUCCACUUCAAUGUGCCUGACGACACCAUGAUGGCUGUAUGGAACCUCAUCACCUUCAAGGAGCAAGGGGGCACGUUUGGAGACAGCUGCCCGAACCGCAACGUGACCGUGUACUUCAGGUCUGGGGCUCCUCCAGUAAUCAACCCCCUGUACACCCGCUUCCCUCGGGACACGGUCGUCCCAGGAUCCUUUGCUGUGACUCUCACCUGGACUCUCCCGAACCGUACCACGGGAGCAUUCAACGUGACCAGCCCGCUCCCCGGAGACUGGUUCCUAGCCGCUCAUUUGCCCAAGGAUGAAGGCAAGAUCUCCGUCAAGGGUCUGUCUGAAGAAUGCCAGUAUCUGUUCCAACCUCAGCUCAUCGUCCAGAGGCUGAUUGGGAUUUCCAUGCUUUACCCUGGAUACUUCAUCGACCAGAUGAUCCCCAUCCAUAAUAGAUCCGCACUCUAUAAAGUGUUCAUCCCUAAUUAUAUGUCAAAGGUAAAGGUCCAGUUGGUGAACUGCAGCACCAGGAACAAGAGCAGUGCCGGCUGUCCCGUGGUGCUGAAGAUGCGAGCGCGGGCGCCGCCGGUGCACAACUCGAGUGCCCUCGACUGCCGGGAGUGGAGCCCUUGUGAAUUAGACGCCCUCGUCCCCGCUUGGGAACAAUGGUACUACAUCCUGGUGGAGAGAUACCCGAGCAACGCCGAUGUCUACUUCCGCAUCGGGGUGCAGGUCACGGAUUGCUCCAAGUCCAAAUUGUCCAAGGACCAAGCGCAGCCCGGCUCCUCCAUGAACAUGCCUCAGUCUUUCGGGACGGCGAUGGGCUUCUCCCUGUCCGAGACGCUGUCGGUGGCCACCCUGCCCAGCCUAUCGCAGAACGCCAGCCGACUGCGCGCCUCGGAGGACGGCGUCAUCUACCUCGCCCCCGCGGCCGACGCCAACAAGUGCUGGCCCAUACGCCCGACUCUGCGCAACGAGCUGGACACCUUCUCCGUGCACUUCUACGUCUUCUUCGGUCCGAACAUAUCCAUCCCGCCGGACCGGGCCGCCGUGUUCGCCAUCAACCUGAUGCCCGUUCUGGACAGUGGAGGGGUCCUCAACAUGGAGCUCAAGCUCAACAUGUCUACGCUGAAAGGAGCUAAUGUCACAGUGUUUGGCUGCCUGACCCACGGGACGCCUCUCUUCAUGAGGGAAAAUUCCUCACUCAAAUGUGAAUCAGAAUCGGUGGCUGGGUUUUUCCUUGCCGUGAACACCUCUGCUAAUAUCACCAAAUUGAGGAUUCCCUACCCGCAAACAGGCACCUGGUACCUCAGUCUUCGCUCUCUAUGUGCCACUGAACAUGGAUUCGAGGCGUGCGCCAACGUCACUGCCGAGGUGUACAUGCGCGCGUACCUGACUCCGUGCAUCAACGACUGUGGGACGUACGGACAGUGCAAGCUCCUGCGCACCAACAACUACCUUUAUGCUGCGUGUGAAUGCAAAGCAGGCUGGGAUGGCUGGGGAUGCACAGACAACUCGGAGGCCUACUCCUACAGUUUCCAGCUCCUCUCCACGUUGCUGCUCUGCCUCAGCAACCUGAUGUUCAUCCCGCCCGUGGCCAUUGCGGUCAGAAGCCACUACCUGCUGGAGGCCUCGGUCUACAUCUUCACCAUGUUCUUCUCCACAUUCUACCACGCGUGCGACCAGCCGGGCAUCGUGGUCUUCUGCAUCAUGGAGUACGACGUCCUGCAGUUCUGCGACUUCCUCGGCUCGCUCAUGUCAGUGUGGGUCACCGUCAUUGCGAUGGCCCGGCUAAAGUCCAUCAUCAAACAGGUGCUGUAUCUGCUGGGGGCGAUGUCUCUGUCCAUGGCUCUGCAGCUAGACCGCCACGGUCUGUGGAACCUGCUGGGACCCAGCCUGUUUGCUCUGGGCAUCAUGGCCGUGGCCUGGACGGUGCGCACCAUCCGCCGGCGGCGCUGCUACCCACCCACCUGGAAGCGCUGGGCGUUCUUCCUCUUCCCGGGCACCAUGAUCGCCACGUCGGCGGUGGCCCUCUACGCCUUCGUGGAGACGGAGGAGAACUACUUCUACAUCCACAGCAUCUGGCACAUGCUGAUCGCGGGCAGCGUGGGCUUUCUCUUGCCGCCCCGCGCCAAGCCCGACGCCAAGGUGACCCCGCUGAAGCGCAGGUGGGGCUGCGGCUAUCAGCUGUGCGUCAACGAGCACGAGGAGCUGGGUCUGGUGGACCCCGCCAUCAUCUCCAUUAACAGCAUCUGCACCAGCUGAUAAACUCCCCCCCCCCCACACACACACUCAGCCUUUUACCUUAGAGACACUUCAUUGCCUUCUUUUACUUGGGAAAUUCACACACGGGAAAUUAAGCCAGAGAACUCGAAACAGCAAUGUAAAUACUUUAAUGCAGAUGUGACACAUUGGACAUUUUUUUUCGUUUUGUUUGUUUUGGGGGGGGUUGUUACCGUCAUGGUAAUUACUAUCAAUACAACUGUAAUUAUUAUUAUCUAUAGUUAAAGUUGUU